AUGGCCUCUGGUGAUGGGAGUGAUAAAGUCACCGUUUGCCACUCUACAGGCCGUUCUGGGUCCAGCUGGCAAAACGAUCAUUCAACCGAGACGUCCCCUCCGGAGAAUGCAGCCCUCUUCCGCGAGCUACGCCUUUCGUUCCUCCUAUCACGGACCCUCAGAUCGGCGAUUCGUACAGACGAGUCUGAAGCCGGCGGGAAAGAGGGAGGCGGAGAGCCGGUCGAAAUCAGCACUGCCCCGGUGCUGGAGGAAGUCAGGUACCUGCAAAACGAGAAUCUCACCCUGAUCAGGACAAACGCCCAGCUGCAGCUGAAGGCGAUGGCCCUGCUGCUGGCUGCGACCAACGCUGAGCGGCGGGACAUGAUGAACUACCUGAGGGGGAAGAACAUCAGGCAGUUUAUCCACAAGAACAUCAUCCACAGCUCCGAGCUGCUGGGGGACGACAUGGCCCAUUACCUGUACAUGCUGCAGUCUGUCAGCCUCAACUUGUGUGAGCACCUGUCCUGGGCUCCCCAGCAUCCCUCCUCUGCGCUCUCCCCUCAGGAACAGCGAGACCUCCUCCAGUCACUGCAUCAAACUGCCUUUGAGUCAGAGAGCAAGGUGCCUGCCAGCAGCUUCAGUACCGAGCGCCAGCGAUCCCCGUGUGCCAAGGAGUUCUGCAAGCUGGGCUUCAUGAAUAACAGCAACUCAGCAGAGGACCUCCCUUGUGACCCACUGAGUCUCCUUGCCCUUGACAACAUGGUGUAUUUCUCCAGGCACACCACCAACACCUAUAGCAGGUUCGUCCUUGAGAACAGCAGCCAGGAAGACAAACACAAGUGCCCCUUCGCUCGAAGCAGCAUCCAGCUCACCCUGAUCCUCUGUGAGAUCCUGCAUGUUGGAGAGCCAUGCUCAGAGAUGGCUCAGGCCUUUUACCCUAUGUUCUUUGGGCAGGAUAAUUUCUUUGAAGAGCUCUUCUGCAUUUGCAUCCAACUGGUGAACAAGACCUGGAAGGAGAUGCAUGCUACCCUGGAGGACUUUGACAAGGUGCUGCGGGUAGUGCGGGAGCAGAUCACCAGGACCCUGUCCCUCAAGCCCACCUCCCUGGAGCUAUUCAAGACCAGAGUGAACACGCUGAACUACAGUGAGAUCCUGAAGCUGUGGCAAACAGAAUGGCUGCACCCAGAGGAGAUGCUGACUGUGCCCAUGCUGGAGCUGUGCGAGAGGCUGAAUCUGGAGCUGCUGGAGCUGGUCUGACAGCAGCACCUGCUGCACCUCUGCAAGGGCACCCUCUUCUGCAAGAUCAGCAGCCAUCGUAGGCAGGACAAGCUCUGGCACUGCCACCUGUCACCCAACCACAAGGUGCCGCACUAUGGGGAUGUGCAGGAGGGGGUGCACUCUCCCCCCAUUGAUAGCCUGCUGGAGAAAACCCACAUCAUGUCCACCAAAUGCUGCAUCAGGUAUGCACAGAAACCUGUCCGAUAUGUGAAGAGCUUCUACAAGAUGCCCUGA